AUGGGUAAAUCAUCUUUGAUUGUCAAGAUCUUCUCGAUCAUCCUAGUCGCUCUGGCCUAUCUCACCACGACCGUCUCAGCCUGGUCAGUCGCGGUCCACAACACCACUGACUGCAGUGACUUCUUUGACGAGACUUCCGGGCAAGAUAUUCCUGUCAGCUAUUUCGCCUACAGCAACCUGCAUAGCCAAGUCUCAUCAAGCGCUUGCUUCGCGCUUGGCCGCUACGAAGAAUCGGAUGACUGUGCCUACUCCAAAGACGGAGGACGUACCUUUACGGACUGCAAGGACAUGAUUGACAUCUUCUCUCGAGACUUCGUCGACUCACAUACCUUGUCCUUCGGCUUUCCUUGCGACACGAAAUGCAACGUCUAUUAUGGCAAUGAUCAGUGCGUAACGAAUCCUGAGAGCUGUGAGGCCGGAAAAUGCCUGGACUUGUCUGAUCUGAUUAUGGAUGAUAAACUUCCCAUCUCGUUCCAAUGCUUUGAUCAGGAGGACAAGGCGAAGAUCGAGGAGUGCAGGAAGUCGGCAACUGGGCCAAGGGCAAAUUUCUGGGCCGGAGAGCGCAUUCACCAAGGUUCUGUGAUGGGUUUACAUUUACGAAGCAACGACUGCACUGAUUUCGUGGCGCAUUUGGGGAGGGACUUCGCUAGCUUUGAAAUCAUUGAAUAUAUGACUUUCACUAUCGUAAGUACAGGAUUCAUGAUCGUAGUCUCAUCCUCCGCUGAACGUGAAGCUGAUCGCCAAUGCAGCUUGAACGCACGGACUUUGGACGCCGCAGCUGGUGAACGCAUGAACGCAUCCUCUACUUCGCGUCAACUUCAACCUCAAACACACACACCUCCGACAAGAACAACCUCAACCACCUUCGACCUCCAACCACUUUGCAUAGCACCCAUCUACAACACCCUCGACAACCUCAAUACACCCUUCAACACCUAUACAAGCAUCACUGAGCCUUUCCGACAAGAUGUUCUCACUGCAGCCUGGCAGGCGACCAUCUACAACAAUGGCGACUGCUCGCACGGCGGCGCCAACUACUUCGUCUACAGCGGCGCUGGACAGUCGCAGUGCAUGACUGUCGGCUUCGCUGACGGCGCUGACUGCUCCUACCACGCCAACGGCGGCACUUCUCAGAGCGAAUGUGGCGCGACCACAUACACCACCUGGCUCCACGAGUUCUACGGCCCGGAGCGCGUCUCUAUCUUCGUGCCUUCUGGGACCGAGUUGACCCACUGUGUCACCAUCGGUACCAACACCUGCCAGACCAACAACGGCCCCAACUGCCGCACGUUCAAGGGCGACGCCGACGGUACCUGCAUGCAGUUGAACGAGGGUACUUUCGACGCUUUCAACACCCUCCAGAUGACGGCUCUUCAGCCAGGGCAAGGCCAAGAAGUCUUUCAAGGCUUAGAUGUGCUCGACCUGAACGACACCACCAAUGACUACGCGCACCGAGACCAAACCAAGCAUGAAGCUGCCAAGAACGAGCAGCGAUGA